AUGAAUAAAACUCCCACAAUAGACGCCCAGAAACUCACGCUGGAGGAUAUACAGAAUGCUGAAAGGUCCAUUCUGCAAUAUGUUCAAAGGAGGCAUUAUAACGAUGAACUAACACAACUGUCUUCUUCAAAGCCCGUGAAAAAGGGGAGUAGCAUUGUGAGACUUAAUCCAGUCUACCACAAUGGGUUAAUCAAGGUCGAUGGACGCAUGCGUCAGCCCGAAGAGCAGAAGAUGAUCAUAUUGCCCAGCCAACAUCAUGUGACGUCGUUAAUUAUUCGUCACUACCACGAGACAUCGGGUCAUAUGGGAGCGCAGCAAGUAGUAUCGUCUACGCGCGAGAAGUAUUGGAUCAUCCACGGACCCAGUACGGUAAAGAAGACAAUUGGAAAGUGUUUCGUUUGUAGACGGUACAGAGGAAAAUUGGGCCACCAGAAGAUGGCGUCACUUCUCUGUGAACAGACAACACCAGAUAAGCCCCCGUUUACUAAUGUCGGUGUAGAUUUUUUCGGCCCACUGAAUGUCAAGGCUGGCCGUUCAGUGCUGAAGAGGUACGGGUGCAUAUUAACAUGUCUUUCAUCAAGAGCCGUACACCUAGAAGUGGCACAUUCGCUUACCACGGACUCCUUCAUUUCCGCCUUUCAAAGGUUCAUCAGUAGAAGAGGAACCCCAGAGAAAGUUUUUAGUGAUAACGGUUCAAAUGUAGUCGGAGGUCAACGAGAGCUACAAAAAUGCAUGAGAGAAUGGAACCAGUUGAAAUUGGAAAGUCAUAUGCUUCAGCGGGAGAUUGAAUGGCACUUCAACCCUCCAUACGCGAGCCAUAUGGGAGGAGCAUGGGAACGACUGAUACGUUCAACUCGUUUCCAUCUCAAAGCCACCGCACAGGAACAACUGCUCACGGACGAACAGCUUCAUACAUUCAUGACCGAAGUUGAGAAAAUUCUCAAUGAUCGUCCGAUCACUCCAGUCAGCGAUGACACCCGGGAUCUACCGGCGCUAACGCCAACUAUGCUACUUUUGAUGAAGACCAACACAAGUAUUCCACAGGGUGUGUUCCGUAAACAGGAUGUCUACGCACAACGUUGGUGGAAACAGGUGCAAUACUUGGCUCACGUGUUCUGGAAAAGAUGGCUACAUGAGUACUUGCCUUCGUUGCAAGCCAGGCAAAAGUGGCAACGGCAGACCACCAAACCUUCGGUCCGGAAAUGUUGUCCUAAUCGCUGA